AUGUCGUCGGACAGCGACGACUCUGACAGCGAGGCGGUGGGCCUGCGUCUGCGCCUGAGCACCUCGGGCCCGCUGCGGGCCAGCGAAUCACUUGAGUCACUGGUAGCCGGCCGACAACCAGCCGGCUACUUCCACCCAGCUACCCUGCUGCCGGCACUCAGCGACGAGCAAAAUACCUUCAUGGCGCUGGCGUUCCUGGCCGCCGCACCGGGCUUCGACGUGAGCUGCGCCGCGUUCGACGGCGCAACGGCUCUUCACGUGGCUGUGGAGCGCGGCGACGCGGCCAUGGUGGCGCUGCUGCUGGGCCGGCCCGAGGUGCGGUUGGCCGACUGUGCGCUGUACGCUGUGGCCAGCGGCGACACGGAUCUGGCUGAGCUACUACUGUCGAGGUUGCCGGCCGACCGUGAGACCCGUGGCUACCUGGACAGCGCGGCCUACACGCCCGACAUCACGCCGCUGACGCUGGCCGCACACAACGACGACUACGAGAUGAUCCAGCUGCUGGUGUCGCGCGGCCACCGGCUGCACCCGCCGCACGCGCCCACCUGUUUCUGCGCUGCCGUCUGCUUCAGCAAGCUCAACGGCGAGGACCUGGCGCACUCGCUGAAGCGGUUGAACACGUACCGCGCGCUGGCCUCGCCCGCCUAUAUCUGCCAGACGUCGCCUGAUCCCAUUUACACGUGCUUCACGCUGGCCGAGGAACUGCGGACGUGCGCCGAGCAUGAGAUGGAGUUCCAUACGUUGUAUUCCGAGCUGUCGGCGCAGGUGCGCCAGUUCGCCGUGAAGCUGAUCGACUAUUGCCGCACCACGGAGGAGCUGGAGCUGAUCGUCACACAACGCAGGGGCUGCUACGAGGGCUCACGCCCUUUCCGGUACCCCCGCAUCCUGAUGGCUGUGGACUUGGGCCAGAAGGAGUUUGUCGCCCACCCCAAGGUGCAGCAGGUGUUCACCAACCUGUGGCUGGGUCGGCGGCAACGUUGGCGACACCACUCGCUCGCGAAGAAGGUCGCCAUCUUUGUUUUUCAGCUGUUGUUGCUGCCGCUCACGUCCGUGUUCUUCAUCCUGGCGCCGCGCUCCAAACUGAACACCUACUGGGACUCUCCAAUCAACAAGUGGCUCAACUGGAUGGCCUCCUACGUGGUGUUCCUGUUGAUGAUAGUCGUCUCCGAGAUUCUGGACGAGAUCAGCCAGGUGCGCGGUCCACCGGACUCGGGCCUCGAGUUCCCCCUGAUGCUCUGGGUGAUCAGCAUCACCUAUUCCCACGCCCGCCAAUGCUGGCGCAAAGGCUUCAAACGCUUCUUCGGCAGCGCCUGGCAUUGGUACGACACCAUCAUGUUGUGCUUCUUUUAUCUGGCGUUCGUGUGCUGGGCCGUGUCCGGCUACGACGUGCGUCACUACAACAACGUCCAUCUGCACCGCAAGUUCUGGCACCAGUACGACCCGACUCUGGUCGGCGAGAGCUUCACGGCCGUGGCCAACAUCCUGGCCUUCAUCAAGCUGCUGUACGUGUUCCAGCUGAGCGCCACGCUCGGUCCCCUGCAGAUCUCGCUGGGCAAGAUGAUCAGUGACGUCGGCCAGUUCCUGGUCUUGUUUGCCGCCGUCGUCGUCUCGUUCUCGUCCGGCAUGAACCGGCUGUUUGACUACUACAAGGGCAUGGUGCGCAAGCUGGGCAACGGCGAUGACGCCGUGCAGAUGCACUCGUUUGUGAACCUACGCUCGGCGUUCCGCACCCUCUUCUGGACGCUGUUCGGUCUGUACGACCUGCAGUCGGUCACGGUGGUGAUCGAGAACCUGCCCGGCGGCAGCAAGGAUCUGCCCAUCAUCAACAGCCAUGGCUUCACUGAGGCCAUCGGCUACAUCCUGUUCGCGGCCUUCCACGUGCUCUGCGGCAUGAUCAUCAUGAACAUGCUCAUCGCCGUGAUGACGUGCACGUUCCACGAGGUGCACGCCUCCGCUGACAUCGAGUGGAAGUUCGCGCGCAGCAAGGUCUGGAUCACGUUCAUCCUCGAACCCUCCAUGCCACCGCCCUUCAACCUCAUACCGAGCGUGCAGAGCGUGUGGCGGAUGUUCAGUUGGCUGGGACACGUGCUGGUGCGCCGGCGCGGCCGCACUCCGCGCUGCGACGCCCGCCGCUGCUGCUACCAGGAGGAGGAGCUGCGCUACUUCCGCGACCGGGCCGAGAGCGACGCGCAGGAGGCCGCCACGGCCGCCGAGGUGGACGGCCUGCUGGCCGAGGUGCAGGGCAUCAAGGCCGAGGUGCGCGACCAGGCCUGGGGCCGGCAGCGCUCGCCCGCGGCACGCGCCGCCGACGCCCUGCUGCUCUCGCCAAUGGAGCGGGCGCGGUUGGGGAAGCUGCGGCGGCACCAGGGGCAGAUCAUGCGGCUGUUGGGCCUGCCAACUGAGAACGACCCGAAAACGGCGGGGGCGAGCGCGCGCGCAUCAUCUGAAGAGGCCGGCCACCAGGUUUCGCACACCACUACCGAGUCAAUCUUCAGUGGACAGUUGGUCAGCGUUGGGGAGUACCAGUGUAGCCGGCUCACCAGCCCGAGCCAGUACACGGCACCACAGCCACUCACUGCCAGCAGCCGGUUCGGGUGCGAGCGCCGCACCCAGCUGCGCAGCCGCCGGUUUGCGACCGGCCAGUCAUACCGAGGACUCAGCCGAAACCCAGCCCAACGACCGGCCAGCCAGCUGCAAUGCGUCGCACCGUCCGACACGUCGCCCACCCUGGAGCAGGAGUUAGGGCAGUGGCAGGAGCAGAAGCAGGAGCAGGAGUCGGUACUGGAGCCAGAGCCAGAGCGAGAGCCAGGGCCGCCGGAGCCGGGUCGGAUUCCCGCCAAUCCGGGGCCUCCGUGCGCGGCCUGCCUGAUCUCCAGCGUCUGCAGCGCGCCGCGCCAGCCUGACGCGGAUGCCUCGCUCUCGGGAUAG